AUGUUUAGAUCGUUUGCCAGAACCGCGUUGAGAGCGCCCGCCAUGCGGGUGCCCACCGUCGCCAGACCGAUGAUGGCCAUCAGAAACUACGGGGCGUUCCCCGAAUUGACUCGCGAGGUCGCCACCCAGAGAGUGCUCGAGUUGUUGGAAGGUUACGACAAGGUCGGCACCGACAAGCCCAUCACCGAGGAAACCAGCUACACCCAGGACUUGGGGCUCGACUCGUUGGACGUUGUCGAAGUGAUGAUGGAAGUCGAACACGAAUUCAACAUCCAGAUCCCCGACGACGACGCCGACGCGUUGAAGACGUACGUUAAGGCUCCUGCCUACAAGAUCUUGCCUUUCUUCAAGAACAUCAACGCCAACACCAUCAAGGGUUUCUUGCCCGACGCGGUGCUCUGGGGUGGUGCUGCCGUCGGUGCCAUUGCUACCUUCACCGAAGGCUGGCCGUUGUUCCAACAGACCUUCUACCUGAAGAUCCCUUACUUCGGCAAGCACUGGGUCCACAACCCCGACCCCGAAGACGUCCCCGUUUAG